CGAUGAGCAGACUCCGAUGACGGUCAGUUACCAGUAUGAGGUGGCCUCCUCCACCAGCGGGGGCUUCACCCGCCUCCUCUUCAUGUGGCGGGGCAGCCUCUACAAGCUCAUCUACCGAGAGCUCAUCCUCUUCCUCGUCGCUUUCGGCAUCCUCAGCGCCCUCUACAGGAACGCCUUCACUCUCGAGCAGAAGCGACUGUUCGAAAAAGUUGUGAUAUAUUGUGAUACCUUCAUCAACCUCAUACCCCUUUCUUUCGUUCUCGGAUUUUAUGUGGCUUACGUGGCAGGUCGAUGGUGGCAGCAGUUUAUGGCCAUCCCUUGGCCGGACAAGGUGAUGCACUCCCUGGCUCUAUAUGUGGGAUCAAACGAUGAGCAGGGACGGAUUUUAAGGAGGACCAUGAUGCGGUAUCUCAACUUGUCUCUUAUUUUGGUGCUACGUUCCAUUAGUUCUGCAGUGAAGCGUCGGUUUCCAACAAUGGAGCAUCUUAUAGAGGCAGGGUUCAUGACAAGAAUCGAGCUUGAGAUGUUUACAGCAGUGCCUAAUUUAGAAUUCAACACUUACUGGAUACCUUGUACGUGGUUUAUAUCACUCCUAAAAGAUGCCAGAAAGGGCAACAAGAUAACUGACCCUCAGGGCCUCAAGUUAAUAAUGCAGGAGUUUAAUGAAUUUCGUUCCAAAUGUGGUCUUCUUUGGAGCUAUGAUUGGAUUUCUAUCCCACUUGUGUAUACUCAAGUUGUAACAUUGGCGACUUAUUCAUUUUUCAUUGCUGCACUUGUUGGAAGGCAGUAUGUUGAAGAAGCAAAAAAGCAACUGCAAAUGGAAAUUGAUAUAUAUCUGCCGGUGUUCACAAUACUGCAGUUUUUUUUCUUCAUGGGUCUCUUAAAAGUAGCGGAGCAGUUGAUAAAUCCUUUUGGUGAUGAUGAUGAAGAUUUUGAAUUGAAUUGGUUGAUUGACAGGCAUACAAAAGUAUCUUACUUGGGAGUGGAUACUUUAAUGGUCAAGACACCACCACUUGUUAAAGAUAAAUACUUUGAUGAACUCAACCUAGUUCUUCCUUAUACAGGUGCAGCUGUUGCGUACAAGAAGAAAACAUAUCGUGGAUCUGUACAUAAUAUGAUGGUUCCUGAGGACCAGCAGUCUAUGUUCUUACCUGAUAUUACAGAAGAGGAAGAGAUGGAGCAGAGAAAUACCCCAAAAACUUCAUUCUCCAAUCUUUUCAGCCAUUCUUCUUCUGGCAGUGGCCCAGCAGGUAUUUGGCGACCAAGUGCUGACAACAUUGAUAUUGAAUGCCUGGCAGAUCCUGAUGAGAUUAAUACUUCCACUCAAGAACAUGGAUCAAAAAUAAAACAUUUCUUUAGAAAGGCCCCAAGAGCUCCCACUCCAAUAGUUCGAGAUAGGCCCUUCAACUUCAACAUUCCUGAAUCACAACAAUGGCACCACUGGUCAUCGAACUCCACUAUAGACAGUUACUGCUCAACUGCCAAUGCAGUAAUAGAUUCUGUAUCAGAAAAACCUGAAAUAGAGGAAAUCAUAACAGAUCAUGAAGAGAUCGAAAAGAUCAGGAGAAAAAAGGAAGUAUUAGGAAAUGAAUCUCCAAUAAUACUCUCCACAGAGCAUCUUAUGAAUAACCUUGGAAUCAGGAGGAUGAGUACCAGCUCAGGUCAGUGGAAAGGAGUCCGGUGGAAACCAGUAUUGUGCGAUUCUCCUAGAGAUUCGUGGAAUGAUGGUUAUUCAAUAAGAAAGAUAGACAAAGCUGUUGAAACAACUCAUCAAAGUUGUUCCAACUGUCAAGUGGAAGAUGAUAAAAGACAAAACACGGAUCCAUUUUUUAAAAAGAUGGAAGAAAUCAGAAGAAGUACUCGAUCCCAGGGUGAUUAUGAAUGUAAUCAAAUCAAGACUAAUUUCACACAACGUAAAAGUUUACCAAAUUUACAUUUGAAAACCAAUUUUGAGAUACCUAACAGUGCUUAUCAUGAGGAAGAUAAAAGCAGAACAGAAAAUCAUCAAGUUUAAGUGCCUAAUACAGAGAUAGACAUGUCAAUGAAGAUUCAAGAAGACUUAAAUAGGAAGUUUAUUUUAAGCCAUGAGAAGAAACAAAUUAGCAAUACUUCUGUAAAUAUAAUCACAAGGGUAGCUAACGAUUCUUUCUUCUUUAUUUGGCUUUGAUGCAGUAUAUCAGUAUUUUUUUUAUUGUAAUUUUUCAAGGUAAAAAUGUAUAGUUGGAUGAAAGCAAUCGUAUGAAUUCUGGUAGAAGAGUGUCAAGUGGUUCAGGCAGGUUACAGGGUACAGUAAAUGGACAUGAAACUUAUAUAUUUUCUAAACCUAGUUUCAAUGUAGUUAUGUAAAGUAUAAAUAAUGGUAACAAUAAACAACAAAAUAAUAACAGAAAAACUUCCAAGGAUUGCUAGUGUUGAUCACACAGUCCCAAUAGUACAUCAUUGUCAGCAGAAGUAGAAAUUGAAUUUAAAUUUAUUAUAUUCUAUUUCUCUUCCGAGAGAAUUAGUUAACAGAGGUAAGGGGUCUUUCAAUAGCAAAUCUCUCAAUAGUUAUCAGAAAAAAGUUUAAAAUUUAUUUCCUGGACUCCAGAAAAAAAAGAAGCAACAUAAUUGUGAUUAUUAGGAACAAAAUCUACAAAUGUUUAAUCAUUCCAUAAGGGUUCUCAAUUGAAAAAUGUUGAACCAAAUGUUUUUUUAAUUAAAGAUAUUUAA